AUGGAAGAGGCAAGUCAGACAGCAUUUGAGAUAUAUUUGGACACUAGUUAUGACAUGGGCUUCAUGGCAUACGAUGAUGUGGGUCCAUCCCAUACGUUUGCCCAUGGGGACACAUAUCGAUCUCCAUCCACAUCCUCUACUACAUCUCCGUUACCCACCACUCGUACGUCUCCCUUACUGACUACUCGCACUACCCCCGUAGAUGUAUAUGGUAGAGAUAAGAUGAGAUUCAUGCCCACCCCUGGUGCUGUCCCCCCUGAGUUUGUGAAUACCAAGUACCCUACCAUUCAAGGGAAGAAAUGUGCAAGAUUGGGAGAUACAAUAGUUGCAUCAGUCAAGGAAGCCCAUCCAAAUGGAAAAGUCAAGAAAGGAAAAGUUGUGUUUGGUGUGGUUGUGCGUGCUACCAUGCAACAUGGUCGUUGCGAUGGCAGUGAGGUGAAGUUUGAUGAUAAUGUUGUGGUACUUGUUGACAAGCAAGGCUAG